GCCCCUUCUCCUUCAAGCAAUGUCUUCAAUGUUACUUUUCAGGAUAUCAUUUUGAACCAAGUCCAAAACGCAGUUAUCGUGGAUCAACAUUAUUGUCCCAAUCAUAAAUGUCGACAUGAGGGAGAGUCUCAAGUUCAAAUUUCGAAUGUCAAGUUCAUAAACAUUGUUGGUACCUCUGAUGAUGAAGUGUCUGUAAUUAUGACAUGCAGUAAAGACAAGCCUUGUAGAGAUAUGAAGUUGACAAGCUUGAAUAUAAGAACAAAUGAUAGUCAACUAACAAAAGCAAAUUGUACUUCUUUUA